AUGAGUGCCGCCCAAGAUAAGCGGAAAACCCUGAACGCAAUCAUCGAACUCAAGCGAGCCCUCGCCCAAACAUCCGAUGGCUCCGAAUCAGACGACUCAAUCGCGUACCCGUCGAACCGCGGCCGCAAGCUCAAGCGCAAGGCCCGCUUCGUGCACGAGGGCGCCCUCAACGACGCAAAGGGCCCGCGUACCUACAAGGAGGAGAUCGAGUACUUCAGUAAACGCCGCAAGAUAAUCUGGCGCAACCGUAAAGCCCGGCACCGCGCCGCCGACCGCGACUCUGCCAGCGAAGACUCCGAUGCCAGCGACUCGAAUAGCAGCGGCGUUGACGAGGACGAUCCAUAUGCGGAGGUCAAGCUCGACAAGAUCCUCGCCCCCCUCGAAUCCGCCGCAGACCUCCCCUCCCACCCCUCCCUCGCGCACAUCUACACCACCACAACCCUCAACGAGCUCCUCCAACAAUCGCUCGACAAGCUCUGCGAAGAGCACGCCCACACCAUGAAGCUCAAAAACCUGCUCACCAUCUUCCUCGGCGACGACCCCUACGUCAACCUCGAAAAAAUGACCUGGGACAACGAAGACUACCUCUCCCAAGCGCGCGAGCGCACCCAGCAGCUCCUCCGCGAACUCGCCGGCCCCGCCCCCGACGCCGACUCUGCCCGCGGCAGCGUCUCGGGGCCCUCCCCCUCCACCGCCACCAAGCCCACCGAAGCCGAUACAGACAUGGCCGACGCCGACGCCGACGAGCACGAGCACGAGCAGGAGCAGGAGCAGGAGCAGGAGAACGGCGCGUCCUCGGCCACGCUGGAGUAUGCCGCGCCGCCGCCCGACGACGACCCCGACGCCACGCAGGAGUACAAGAUGGAAGAGAUCCUUCCGGACUCACCGCCGCGGCGGAUGACGACGCGGUCGACGCAGCAGGCCGCGGGCGGCAGCCCGCCUGCCGCGGCGGCCGCCGCCGCCGCAGCAGCGCCAGAGGUCGACGCAUUCUUCUUCCCGCCGGAUUAUUCCGUGGACCGCGACUUUGGGCUGCCGCCGGCGGAGGCGGAGGACACGCGGUGUCUGCUGUCGACGGCGGUGCAGCGGCAGGACGAGUUCUUGCGCGGGCUGGGGAAGGUGCGGGAUGGGCUGCUGCGGGCGGAGCGGUUGCGGAAGGGGGUGUGGGGGUGGUGCCGGGCGAUGGAGGGGACGCGCGAGUAUCUGGGCGGCGGCGAGGUGGAGGAGGUUGUUGGGGUUGCGCUGAGUGACGGCGAGGACUGGUAUGAUGGCGAGGCGUGGGGGCUGGAGGAGGCGCUGGAGAAGGGGAAGGAGGAGGAGGAGGAUGGGGUGGAGACGGUGGUGCAGGGGAAGAAGACGAGGGGGAGGAGGGGGGUGGGGAAUUAG